AGUCAAAAUCUCAGCUCUCUAUGUUGAGAGUAAUGAUGGAUCGCUGGAAAGGCAGAGUUGCUGUUGUUACUGGUGCUUCAGUGGGAAUCGGAGCUGCAAUAGCCAAAUCUCUUGUCCAGCAUGGCAUGAAAGUGGUUGGUUGUGCCAGAAACGUCGAACAAAUAGAGGAAUUGGCAUCAGAAUGUGUCAAAAGUGGAUUCAGUGGCACUCUGAUUCCAUACAAAUGUGAUCUGUCUGUAGAAGAAGAAAUCUUAUCCAUGUUCACCUGGAUCAAAGCUCAACAUCAUGGCGUUGACGUAUGCAUCAAUAACGCAGGCUUGGCUUUUCCAGAACCUCUAUUAAAUGGCAAAACCAGCAGCUGGAAGACUAUGUUGGAUGUGAAUGUGAUCGGAUUGUCAGUGUGUACCCGUGAGGCUUACCAGUCCAUGAAAGAAAGAAAUGUUGAUGACGGUCAUAUCAUUAACAUUAACAGCUUGUGUGGACACCGAGUCAUGCCCAGAGCUGACAUACACUUCUACACGGCAACCAAAUACGCUGUGACUGCACUUACAGAAGGUUUGCGACAAGAGCUACAGGAAACCAAGAGCCACAUACGUGUCACCAGUAUAUCUCCUGGUUUAGUGGAGACGAUGUUCACCCCUCGCCUCUACAGUCACAUGCCAGAAAUUGCUGUUGCUGCUUAUAAAUAUAUAAAGUGUCUACAGGCAGAUGAUAUAGCCAAUGCAGUGGUGUAUGUUUUAAGUGCUCCUGCUCAUGUUCGGAUUGGAGAACUUCAGGUGAUGCCUGUGGAACAGAUGUAUUCCUAACUUAACAGUUCAUCUACAAAAUAUUUCAGACAUUUUUGGCCAGGAAUUUCCAAUGUGUCCAACAGGUUUAGAAAUGAAUGGGUUCUAGGCAAAAUGAUAAAGAUAAAACUGUUUUUACUUGUAACAUCUGAUGUAAUCUUUAAAUAGUUUAAAGCGAUACUUCAGCAAAAAAAUGAAAUGAUUUACUCAAUCAAUGGACGUCAGAAGCCAAAAAAUGUGAUUGGGGCCAAAACUUUUCCUGGAGUAGAUGCCAUUUUCGUGCAUUCUGGUGCCUUUUAAUUAAACAACUACCUUUUUAGCCUAAAAUCUUUGUUAACCUUGUUGUGUCAUUGGAGCACAGCAGGUGAACGUAUCAAAAACAAUGGAUUGGAGUUUAAUUUAUAUGGACUCUAAAUGAGUCAAGUGGAAUGGAUUUGAGGAAGCAGCAGCAUGGAAGUCAAGGCUGUUGCUAAAACGCUGAAUGGAGUUUAAUUAACAUUUGACUGAUGGCGCUGACAGACAUAUGCGCUACAUUAAAGAAAAAGUGAGUGGGUCCAAUAUCAUUGGCAUGAAAAAGUGGGUGGGUUUUGUCCGAGAUACAUAUGUCUAUCAUCUUUCAGAAGAGCACAAUUUGAGUUAUUUCAGAAAAUGUCCUGGCUCUUCCAAGCUUUAAAAUGGUAGAAAACAGGGUCCACGACUAUAAACCCAAAAAGUGCAUUCUUAUUCGUGACUGGCAUUGUUUCGUUCUCCACCUUUGCAACUAUCACUAUGCUUCUUACGCUACGUCCUAUGCUGAAACUCUCAGGUGAAUGCGCAUUAGUUCGCUAAUGGAAGCUAGAUAUUUUUCUUACAAAAUUGCAUGAAUUACCCUCAUAAAGCCUUUAUUAACCCUGGAGCCGUGUGGAUUACUUCCUUAAGGACGGAUGCACGUUUUGAGGUUAAAGGGACAAUAAGUAGGAUUUACCCCUAGUGGUGAAAUUGUAUUUGCAUUCAAACGAAUAGUGCUCUCUAGCGCCUCGCUUUUCCAAAUGCGUGUUUCAACUACGGUAGCUGUUAUGCAAUCACUGAUUUUCUUGUCUGUUUCAGCUAGUUCAUGUGUUCUGAAUGAAAACGCAUUGUGGAAACGUGUUGGUAGGCUAGUGCUUUUUGUCCCUUUCUGCUAUUAUAGUUUAUCAGUAUGGCGAAACGACAUGAAAGCCUUCUUGGACUUACCGUUCAAUGUAAGUAAAGAGAAGAAAUUCUAAGCUUACAAAGAAAAGUCAGAUCACUGGCAGAGGUCAUUUAACACCAACAAGGACAUAUUUAUGAAUAAAGACAUUAAUUUUGAUUAAUAAAACACUUAAAAUCCUACUUACUGUCCCUUUAAAAGUCAUGGACUUUGUUUACUAUGGUUAUAAAGCUUGGAAGAGCAAGGACAUUAACUAAAAUAACUUGCAAAUGUCCACCAUCAUUUAUACAAACACAUUUUGUCUUGGAUGGCUUGAGGCUGAGUAAAUUAUGGGGUAAUUUUUAUUUUUUGCUGAAAUAUAUAGUUUAUCCUCUGUGUACAUCCUCUGAUAAUAAAAUUAAUGUUUUUUUCUCCGAUCUACACUUUACAAUUUUAUAUGUAGCCCAGUGAAUUAAAGGCUUUUAAACACUGUCAA